AUGGCAGAGCCGGGGCCUUCUCACGACCGCAGUGUCAAGCGUCCCAAUAUCAUCUUCAUCAUGGCUGAUGACCAUGCAUCAAAAGCCAUCGGUUGCUAUGGGGCCGGCAUCAACAGGACUCCCAACAUUGACCGCCUCGCAACCGAGGGCAUGAAAUUCAACCACUGCUAUGUCACAAACUCGAUAUGCACCCCUUCUCGAGCCGCCAUUCUCUGUGGUACCUACAACCAUGUGAACGGCGUCAUGACACUGGAUGAUCAUAUUAAUAAGCACCUCCCAAAUGUCGCAAAACACCUCCGUACAGGAGGCUACCAGACGGCCAUGGUGGGAAAGUGGCACAUGGGUGAAUCCGUGGAGAACCAGCCGACGGGUUUCGACUACUGGUCUAUUCUUCCCGGCCAAGGCGAGUAUUGGGACCCCGAAUUCAUCGAACCUUCGGGUAUCCAUGUCGAGUCGGGCUACGUCACGGACAUCAUCACCGAAAAAAGCCUCGAGUUUGUCCGCGGGCGCGACAAGUCCAAACCAUUCUUCCUCAUGUGCCAUCACAAGGCACCGCACCGAUCCUGGGAGUGCGACGACAGGCACAAGAAUCUCUAUCAAGACCCCAUCCGGCUUCCAGACACCUUCACUGACGACUACAAGAACCGUGCGAAGGCUGCCAGAAUUGCUAAGAUGCGAGUUGCCGAGGACUUAACCUACCAGGACCUCGGUCUCGUGCAGCCGGACGGCGGCCGAAGGGUAGGUGAGCGCGUUCAACAGGAGAAAGGAGCCAGCGAGCGCAAGAUACCUGCACCCACCACGGAGGAAGGGCUACGUGCUCUGAAGCUCAUCGACAAGGAGGACGGUACGGUUUUCACUUUUACGUCUCAAGGCGAGCUGGCCGAGUUCAAGUUCCAACGGUACAUGCAACGUUACCUGCGUACGAUCCAGUCGGUGGACGACAGUGUUGGCCGCUUGCUCGACUACCUUGACAGGGAGGAGCCUGGACUGGCCGACGACACCAUCGUCAUCUACACGUCCGACCAGGGCUUCUUUCUUGGUGAGCACGGUUGGUUUGACAAGCGAUUUAUGUACGAGGAGUCCUUCCAGAUGCCCUUCCUUAUCAAAUAUCCCAAAGAGAUCGCAGCCGGUUCGGUCUGUGACGACAUCAUCUGCAACGUGGACUUUGCAACUACCUGGUUAGACUACGCGCAGCUUCCGGUCCCGUCUUACAUGCAGGGCAGAUCAUUCCGGCCUCUGUUGCAAGGGCUGCGCCCGGCAGACUGGCAGCAGGUGGCGUACCACCGUUACUGGAUGCACAACGACAUUAUCCACAACGCUUACGCGCACUAUGGGAUUCGUGACCAGCGAUACAAGCUUAUUUACUGGUACAACGAGGCGCUGGACAUCAAGGGGGCGCGACCGGGUGGCGAGGAACACAAGGAGUGGGAGCUGUUUGAUUGUGAUAAGGACCCUCUGGAGCUGUUUAAUGUAUAUAACGAGCCUGAGUACCAUGAGGUGGUACUGCACAUGACGGCGCUGCUGGAGAGGAAGAUGAUGGAGAUUGGCGACGAACCGGUCCAUCCUCCAAUCCAGGUCAGACUUCCUUAG